UCUGUGCUCACUGUUGGCCAGCCAGAGUGUGUGAGAGAGCAACUUAGAAGGGCUGAGGGCUCUGUGUUUGCUUGUUUAGACUUAAACCUGAAAAUAACCAUUAAAUAUGACUGCUGUCCACCGCUUAGUUAUUGUCCGCCAUGGUGAGAGUGCCUGGAACCAGGAGAACCGCUUCUGUGGCUGGUUUGAUGCCGACCUCAGUGAGAAGGGAGUGGAGGAGGCUAAGCGUGGAGCCCUGGCUAUUAAGGAAGCAGGCCUUAAGUUUGAUAUAUGCUACACCUCAGUGCUGAAACGUGCCAUCAAGACCCUAUGGACCAUCAUGGAGGGCACCGACCAGAUGUGGCUGCCCGUGAUUCGCACUUGGCGACUGAACGAACGCCACUACGGAGGCCUCACUGGACUCAACAAGGCAGAGACUGCAGAGAAGCACGGUGAGGAGCAGGUGAAGAUCUGGCGUAGAUCUUUUGACAUCCCACCUCCAGUUAUGGAUAAGGAUCACCCUUACCACAAGAUCAUCAGUGAGUCUCGGCGUUACAAGGACCUGAAGCCUGGUGAGUUGCCCACAUGCGAGUCCCUGAAGGACACCAUUGCCCGGGCCCUGCCAUUCUGGAACGAUGUUAUUGCUCCACAAAUCAAAGCAGGCAAGAAUGUUAUCAUUGCUGCCCACGGGAACAGCCUCCGUGGGAUCGUCAAGCACCUAGAGGGUAUGUCUGAUGCAGCCAUCAUGGAGCUGAACCUGCCGACUGGAAUCCCAAUUGUUUAUGAAUUGGAUGCCGAACUGAAGCCGGUCAAGCCCAUGGCUUUCCUAGGUGAUGAGGAAACUGUGAAGAAGGCCAUGGAGGCUGUGGCUGCUCAGGGCAAAGCCAAGAAGUAAACUUGCCUUUGAGGCUCCAUGAGAAAGCAGAAAAUGAGACUUUCACCUCUAAAUUCUUCCAGCUUUUCCUCAUAUUUCAUUCCAGAUUGGGGAAAUGGUUAAUGGUUCUUUCGGGAGAAGGGCCAGGCCCCCACAUUUUACACAGCCAUGGAUAACUCAGUCCUUUUAAAUUGUGCCCAAGCCCUAGUUUGUAUGGUUCACCACUCUGGCAAAUCAAAUAAAUAAGUCAUGUUUGUA